AUGAUGCUUUUUGCUGUUUUUCUUACAGACAAGGCGGGGUUUCGAACCAUGCUGGGCGAGACUCAUCUGCCUGACGAUGGGUUGUCAAAAUCCAGGAAUAGAGAAAAAGACAGGGCAGGGAUCGUGAUAGAGAUCAAGGAAGGGACAGGGACAGGGACCGGGACAGAGAGAGGGAAUGGGAUCGCCACAACAGACAUCAUCGGGAUAGGAAGGAACACCGAGACCGUCCUGACAACCAUGAUCAUCACAGAGGCCGUGAUUCUGAAAGGAGAAGAGACCGCGAAAGAGAUGGCCACAGGAGGCACCCUUCUCGAUCAAGGGGCAGGGAUUGCAGAUCUAGAUCUCGUUCUCGUUCAAGAAGGUAUAACAGGCUCUUCUUUUACUGGCAUGUUUCCAAACAUGCUCCCUCCUUUUGGUGUUGGUGUUGGUGACAGCCUUGUCUAUCAGGCUACUCGUCAUGCUGGGCGUGUUUAUGUUCGUGGCCUUCCUCCAUCUGCUAAUGAACAGACAGUGGCAGUUUACUUUAAUCAAGUCAUGGCUGCUAUUGGAGGAAACACUGCUGGUCCAGGCGAUGAUGUUCAUAAUGUCUACAUAAACCAUGAUAAGAUAUUUGCUAUUGUGGAAAUGAGAUCUGUCGAGGAAGCAAGCAAUGCAAUAGCCCUGUAUGGCAUUUUGUUUGAAGGGGCGCCAGUGAAGGAUAGGGAAACCGGUAACUCAAAGGGCUAUGCAUUCUGUGUUUACCAGGACCUCAAUGUCACUGACAUUGCUUGUGGUGCUCUAAAUGGUAUCAAGAUGGGGGACAAAACCCUUACUGUCAGACGAGCAAACCAGGGGGCAUCUCAGCCUAGACCAGAGCAGGAAAGUAUCCUAUUACAGGCACAGCAACAGGUGCAGUUACAGAAACUUGUGUAUCAAGUUGGAGCACUGCCUACAAAGGUUGUUUGCCUCACCCAGGUGGUAAGUGCAGACGAAUUGAAAGAUGAAGAGUAUGAGGACAUUAUUGAAGACAUGAGGCUAGAAGCAGGCAAAUACGGAAAUUUGGUGAAAGUUGUGAUCCCACGUCCUGACCCCAGUGGACAGCCAGUUGCAGGAGUUGGAAAGGUGUUCCUGGAAUAUGCAGAUGUUGAUGGUGCUGCCAAAGCAAAGACGGCAUUGCACGGAAGGAAAUUCGGUGGGAAACCCGUGGUUGCGGUUUGCUACGCGGAGGACAAAUUUGCCAAUGAGGAAUACGAUGGAUAA